UCAAAGGCGGUGGGCGGAAGCUUCACACCGAUUGGUUGAGAGAGACUUGUGUUUAAGCACGUCGCCAGUAAAAGGAAGCACGACAGCAUAGUAUUUCGCUGGUUGUUCUGCCCUGUCUUGUAUGGAGAGGAAAACAUGGGGAAGAAGGAUGCAAGCACUGCUAAGCUGCCGGUCGAUCAGUACCGCAAACAGAUCGGCAAGCAAGAUUACAAGAAGACCAAAGUUUCUCUGAAGGCCACGAGGCUGAAGGCCGAGGCCAAGAGGAGCGCACCAGGUGUCCGGGACGUCCUGCUGGUUGUGGUGGCCAUCCUGGUGUUCCUGCUGUGCGUCUACGCGUUCUUCUACUUGAACCUGAGCACAGAGCUGGACCUGGAUCUGGACGUGGACUAAAGGGGGGUGGUGGUGGGGGGGUGGGGGGGUGGUGG